UGUUUCCGGAUUCGUCACAUGAUCAAAGGAGAAGGUAAUGAUGUUGAAUUCUCCUCUUCCUCCAAGAAUAUUUAGUACGAAAUGAGAUUCAUGUUUAUGCUGUAAGUGUUUGAAUGGUUGAUUAUUCGCAUCUGUCAUUUUGGGUCUACUAUCCAGAUACGAAUGGCUGACGAAUCUUUUGCUGUUGCGCAAUAUGACUACCACUCGCAAAACGAUGAAGAACUAACAAUCAAGAAGAACGACAGACUUCUCAUCUUGAAUGACAGUGGAGCUUGGUGGCUGGUUCAAAACGAGCGCCAACAGUCUGGUCUGGUACCAUCAAACUAUCUACAACGAACUGACAAGGGAUUAAGGAGCAUAGUGCAGAAAAUAUUCUCUAGAAAAGGUAGCAGUAGUGGUCUGGCAGAAGCAGAACCACCUGGUUAUGCAGCUCCGGAGCAAUUGGUAAAUCGCAGCAAUCAACAAGGUAAAAUGGAUGAAGCAAUUGUGAAGUACAAAUACACACCUGUUAGAGAAGAUGAAAUUGCACUAGAAAAGGGAGAUCGAGUGUAUGUACUGGAGAAAGAAGGAGAUGGUUGGUGGAAAGGUGAGGUGAAACAUAAAACUGGUUGGUUCCCAUCAAAUUACGUAGAAAUUAUAAAUCCUGAUAACAAGGCAGCUAAUGUGAUCUGCAAAGUACGAACAUUGUAUGCAUUUACUCCAGCAAAUACAGAGGAACUUAGUUUUGAAAAGGAUACCUUGCUAGAAAUAAUUGAUCAACCAAAGGAUGAUCCUGAAUGGUGGAAAGCCAGAAAAAAGGAUGGUACUGUUGGACUUGUUCCCAAGAACUAUGUUAAAAUUGUUAAAGAGGAUUCGGAUGAAUCAAAGAAUGCAAUUCCUCACAAAUCUAACUCAACGCCGGUUGCUGUUGUGGAUAAUAAUAUUUUAACUCAAGAAUGGUAUCAUGGAAACAUAUCAAGACAAGAGUGUGAAACGAAGCUUCAUGUGUCACGUGAUGGCGAUUUUCUUGUCAGAGCAAGCGAAACCAAGAGUGGCGACUUUUCUGUAUCCAUGAAAGCACCGGAUCGAAUCAAGCACUUUCGAAUCAAGGCAUUGACCAACAACCGAUACGGGAUUGGCCAACGCGAAUUUGGCUCUCUUAAUGAAUUGGUAGAGCAUUACAGUAAGUCGCCAAUAUUCACGAUGGAAAAUGGACAGAAAAUGUAUUUAGUGCGAUCGUAUCCAAAGCAGGACUUUCAAGGACAAAAAAAUGGCGUAAAACGCUAAACGUGUGAAUGAAUAAGUUUUUGAUGGCUGCUCUUGGACACUGCAAUGCGUCUAUAGAACUAAGUUAACUCUACAGCUAUAUAUAAAUAUAUAUGUACUAUCAUA